UUUCUCAUAAGAUCAUGUACAUAUAAACUUGAUUUCGUGCCAUAAAGAGUUAUCAAAUCUAACGAGGUCAGUUUCAGCGAUAAAGCUAUGACAACACAUUGUAUUUCCUAUAUGAUUGCUACCAAGCAAUGAGAUAGAAUUUUAACAAUUCUGAUUAAAUCAUAAUUAACAUAGCACUAAUAAUAAACUACAAUCGUAUUACUUCCAUGUCUUAUAAAAUUAAAUUACAAAGUUUAGAAUUUACAAUCAUAUUAUUCAAUUUACAUAACGUAGUUAUACCAGUUUCACUUAGUUAUACAACACACAAAUAAAAUUUAUUUCAUCUCACAACGUUCUCAUACGAUAAAAAUACCAAAACCGAAAGUGAAAGGCAAACACCAAAACCGAAAGUGAAAGGCUUACAACCUAAUCCACAUCAAAACUGAAACCGAAAGGUUUACAACCUACUCUUCUUCUGUUUCUUGUGGGGAUGUUCAUCGUGCUCCAAACAUGUGCCCACAUUAUCUUCUUCUCCAUAUCCACUCUCACGCUCACAAUAGUUCCUACUACAAGAGCUCUCUCCAACUCUCGACAGUUGCUCGGUUAUUUGAACUAUUUGCAAUUCUUCGAUGUCCUCCACAUGCAAAAUACUUCUUCUUUGCUCUCUAUCAACUGAUGUUAGAUAAACAAACACAUCUUCAUCAUCCAAAAUAUACGAUUGCCUCUUAGGUUCCACUACCAAUGGAAUGUAACCCAAAUUGAGCCUCUUCGUAAACGGAUCUAUUCCCAUCUUCCUGCAUAUCCUCUCUUUCAACAACGAAUAAGUGAUCUCCUCCAACGACGAUGAUAUCUUAAAGGAUAUAGCAUACAAACGAGCAUCGGUUGGAAUCCAUUCAUAAUCAUCUCCAUCCUUAGAAUAAUGUCCAUCAUAAUCAAAGUGUAUGUUCGUCGAAAAUGGACACAUUGUCUGCAAUAAAAACAUUUAACCACUUAAAGUUAUACUUGUUUAUACAGUUAUACCAUUCACGUUAUACUUGGUUACACAGUUAAACCAUUAAAGUUAUACUUCGUUAUACCAUGUCACAGAGUUGUGUCAGUAACCAACCAAUUAGUGAUAAGCCAGAACGUCUAAUCUUCGAUUGAAUCGUCAUAAUUCCCGACAUUCAAUCAUUCCUUUCCGAUCCUCGAUUAGUUCAUGAAACCCAAAUGAAUAAGAAUUUUUCAAUUAAAACUAUAAAUUUGGAGUCGAGUCUUCAAUUCAAAACCAAAUUGUUAUCAGCUUUGAUUCCCGACAUUCAAUUAUACAGUUGUUGAUUAUCGAAUUCCCUAACAAACAGACCAUUCAAACUUUCCGAUCGUCGAUUAGUUCAUACAAAUACGAAAUCUUCUAUCUAAUCGGAAUCCCGUGAAUAAUGAGUUCGUCUAUGGUGGAUUCUAUACAUCGGUCUUAACGACGAUUUGAGAUACAUAUCCUGUAUAACGGAAUUAAUAGCUCGAUGAUCCAGUAUCCAAGCGAAGAGAUCGUAUUCCAAACGAAUUCACGAGAAGAUGAGUACGAGGAAAGUAUCGAGUGGGCUUCGAGUGAAUCUUGUCGGGGGGGAGGGAGGGAGGAGGAGAGGAGAGAGAGAGUGUGGAUAGUCGAUUAAUUUAUUCAUUAAAUCGGUCAGGGGUAUUUUAGAUAUUAACCACAUUCUCUAAAAGUAUGAAAACAGAUAAGAGUAUGGCAGAUCACAUGAGAGUAUGGUAGAUCACUUUUUCCCUCAUUAAGAGCACCUGAGCACUUGAAAUCAGAAAAUAUUCGAAUGGAUUAUAUAUUUAUAUACUGAAAUAUUCGAAAAUUUGAAAUACUCGAUCCGAAUCUGAACGGAUAUCUAAAUACACAGUCCUAUUGCUCCGAUUAUGGCUGGACAGAUCCAAAUCGAAACGAAUCCGACAAAAUACCAAAAUAAUCUUAUUUUACAGUAUUUUGAAUUAUAAGUUUUACCAGAACCGAACGGAACUUAUUGUAUAUCCGAAACCCAGCCCAAGCUCCGAUCUUUCUCAAUCUGCAAUUCAGCUUUUUUUUUAGAGUCGAAACCAAUAAAUUCGUUGUGGAUGAUCGAAGGGCUUUAGCUCGGCGAUAAGUUUAGAUUCUGGAAAGAUGAGUUCUUUCUCCAUCACCCGUAAGAAAACUCCAUUCCAGAAACACAGAGAAGAAGAAGAAGCCAGGAAGAAGAAGAAAGAGGAGUAUGAGACGGCUCGUCCGUAUCAGAAUUCGUGGAGUCCUUUCAAGGCGACAAUGCGACUAAGUCUUUUGAUCGAGGUGGCACCAUUAACCCCAGCGACAAGCACAAGGUUGAUUCCGAAGGGUGACACACUUCAAAGGUGGAGAACGGAGCCGUAUAUCAUGAUAACUGGUAGUGGAAGAUGGAUACCGCCACCGCGGCCUGUAACUAAGAGCCUGGAGCAUGACAAAGAGUCAACAGACACAUAUGCAGCGGGAAGAAGCAGGCGAGAGGAAGUUGAGAGGACUCUGACCGAUCCUCAAAGGGAUGAGUUCGAGGACAUGUUGCGUGCUCUAACUUUAGAAAGGAGUCAAAUAAAAGAAGCUAUAGGAUUUGCUUUAGAUAAUGCAGAUGCAGCGGAAGAGGUUGUUGAAGUUUUGACGGAGUCCCUGACCCUGAAUGAGACAUCAAUUCCGACUAAAGUUGCUAGACUCCUGCUUGUGUCUGAUAUUCUUCAUAAUAGCAGCGUACCUGUUAAAAAUGCAUCUGCAUACCGAACUAAGUUCGAGGCAGCACUGCCCGAUAUAAUGGAAAGCUUCAAUGAUCUGUACCGGAGCAUAACCGGAAGAAUUACUGCUGAGGCUCUAAAAGAACGGGUUCUCAAAGUACUGCAGGUAUGGGCAGAUUGGUUUCUGUUUUUAGACGCAUACAUAUAUGGACUACGUGCCACAUUUCUUCGAUCAGGGACCUCUGGUGUUACUUCAUUUCAUUCUCUGUGCGGUGAUGAACCUGAAAUAGAGAAGAAAGGUUCCAUUGAUAAUUUGAGCGAUAUUAUCAAUCCAGAUACUGCACUGGCAGUAGGCAAAGGCGCUGCAAGGCAAGAGCUGAUGGAUUUACCAAUUUCUGAGAUUUAGAGACGCUGCCGGCAGAAUGGACUGUCUCUUGUAGGGGGCAGAGUAGUGAUGGUCGCUCGGCUGCUAAGCCUUGAAGAUACAGAGAAACAACGCGGCUAUGAAGCAGUGGAUGAAAUUCCAAAGUAUCCGCAAGACCAUUCAAGCUGGGGAGAAGUUAAGAAUGAGUGCGAGGUUAUCAGAAACAGCUAUGCAGAGGUUCAAAUGAAAGAGCCUAUGACAAUAUCAAUCUCACAGCCUGAGCUGAAAGCCUUUGUAGAAAAAGAGAAGAAUGACCUUAUAUUGACAGCUUCAAAAUGGGCUAGAGAGGAUGACGAAACUGACGAUGUACAAAAGAAGAGCUACUCUCCAGGAAGCGACAAUACUGGUGGGGUAACUUUUAAAGUACAAAUCAAACGAAAGAAGCUUAUCAGGAUCCAACGAGGGCAACAGAAACCUGCUUUUAACUGCAGAGAAAUCAAUUGUAGAGCGCAAGGAAAAGCCUGAAGAUUCUCGAGAACCGUCUAAAAAGCGACACCGUGGGGAAACCAACAGCCAAAGUCCACCAAGGAAAUCAUCAACAAGGGAGAGAGAUCAUGACUUGGACAGAAACAGGGACAGAGGGAGACUCAGAGACAGAGGUAGGCAACAUGAUUUGAACAGGGAACGAGACCGGCUUGAAAAGAGUUCAAGCCACGAUCGAGACGAUCAUGGUAGAAGCAGAGAGAGAGACAGGGAUUGGCGCAGACGAGACUUGAGAUGAUAGUGAUUAUUGUUCCUUCACCUCAUGGUUUGUUUCUAUAUAAAAAGAUUUCAACCUGUUUUGUGUUUCAAAACCCAUAUGAUAUGUUAGAUCACAUUCUCAGACUCAGCUUAUAAUUGUGUAUUCCAGUCCCA